GAAACGUCAAACUCGCAUCAGUCAGUCGUUUGCCGAGUUGUCAAGUUUUUGCAUCGCGCCGUGUUCUCUUCCUUCUUGUGCAAAAUCCCCGUGCGACUGCAGAUCGAAUAUCGCGGAGUAAAAAAUCUUGUCGCCGCCGGAAAAAUGGCAGAUGCUGAGCUUGCAAAGGCCCUCAAGGACCUGCCGAACCGGGUGCUGAACGUCCCCGUCGAGGAACGGCCGGAACUGUUUCGCAAUGUGACCGCCGUGCUGCCGAACCCGGGCAUCAACGCCACCAUCGUGCGCGGCAUCUGCAAGGUGAUCGGCACGACGCUGACCAAGUACAAGGAUCCCGCCUCGCAGGCCCUCGUUCGGGAUCUGAUCGUUGCGCUGCUGCAGAACCACGCGGACCUGGCGUACGAGCACUUUAACAACGUGCUCAAAGCGCUGGUCACCAAGGACCUGGUCGCCGCCCCGCCGCUAAAGGGCGCCCAGGCUGCGGUGUUGGCACUGGGAUGGGCGAAUCUGGUGGCGCUCCACGGUGAUCGCGAGACGGCCGUCGGGAAGAAGGAGUUCCCCAAGCUGAUCGAGAACCAGGCGGCGCUGUACCAGCUCUCGUUGACCUCGGGGAUCCAGAAGAUCUCCGACAAGGCGUACAGCUUCGUGAGGGAGUUCUUCGCCAAGAAGGAAGACCUGGAGAAGGUUUACUUCGAGAAGUUGAUCGCGGCGGAACCUUCGAGCGCGGUCAUUCUGUUUCUGUCGGCGAUUUUGACCUACUGCAAGACCGAGUUCGACAAUCUGACCCUGCUGGAGCAGAACAAGGCCAAGCUGUUGGACCACGUCGUGAAGGGACUGAUCACGGUCAAGACGAAGCCGCACGCCAGCGACAUCCGCGGCAGUGCGAUCGUCCUGGCCGCCAUCACGAAGGACGACUUCAAGGCGACGGUCCUGCCGGCGUUGCAGCGGUCGAUGCUGCGUUCGCCGGAAGUGAUUCUGCGGGCGGUCGGGGCGAUCGUGAGUGAGAUUCCGGUGGACAUUAGUGACUUUGCGUACGACCUGGGCAAGACGCUGGUCGCGAAUCUUGCCUCGAAGGACGAAACGACGCGCCAGGAGGCGGUCGAGUCGCUCAAGCAGAUCGCCAUGAAGUGUGCGGGGGUGAAGGCGAUCGAGGCGCUGCUCAAGGAGGUGUUUGCGGUGUUCAACGGUUCGGGCGGGAAGAUUACGGUGGUGGAGCUGAGGAUAAAUUUGCUGCAGGGCGCCGGCAACCUCAGCAACAACCGCAUCUCCUCCGAGGACAUCCAGUCGCUGAUGCCGUUGGUGACAGAUCUGUUCACCAAGGCGCUGGAAACCGAACAGCAGGAAAAGGUGCUCUGCCACGCGCUGGAAAUGUUCGGCUUCUGGUCGGUCAACUUCCGGGGGGAAAUUCCCGCCAAGAUCGUGCAAACCUUCAAGAAGGGGCUGGAAGCGAAGGCACAGGUGCUGAGGACGAGCUAUCUGCAGUGGUUCCUGGCGUGUUUGGAGAACGGGAAGUUGCCAAGUGGGACGGACUAUACGGCGGCCCUCGGGAAGAUUGUGGAGAAAGCGGCGCAGAAUCCGACCCAGACGCCGGCCGUUUCCGAGGGGCUCGGGGCGGCUUGUAUCAUUCUGCUGACGAACGCCGUCGUUAGCGAUGCGUUGAAGGACUUUUGGAACGUGGUGUUGGACAUGAACAAGAAGGUGUUUCUGGGGGACAAGUUUUUGGCGAAUACGGCGGGGGAAACGCUCUGUUACGUUAUGUUGAUGUGCGAGAAGCUGCUGUUGAACCACUUGGACAACGUCAAGGGCGAAGUGGAAGCUUUGUACAAGGCUGUCGUCUACUGUGUGAACUCCCACCACAAGAAGGUGCGCAAGUACUGCUUGCCGCGUUUGGAGCGGAUCGUCAACAGCUCGAACGGCAUCACGCUGGCCAAGAGUCUGUUCCAAGAACUAACCAACUUUGUCGAAACCACGAAGAUCCUCAACGAGGGUGAACAGGAAGAAGGCGUCGUCCCGGCGCAAGCCAUCGUCGAAACCAUCGUGGCCGCGACCACGAUCGCCAACAUCGGCAGUGCCGACGCACAAACGAUCGCCCUGAACGCCCUGCUCCCCGCUCACCACCCCGCCACCGUCUCCGUUCAAUCCGACCUGUGGGAAUCGAUCCUGCGACGGUUCGAGCUGGACGGCAAGUACUUUAUCUCGAUGAACGCCGCCCACAUCAAGGAGGUGUUCUUCAACAAGUACAAGGCGACGCCGAUGUACGAAAAUACGCUCGCGACGCUGUCGGCCAUCAGUCCGGAGGUUAUCCUGCCCGUGCUGGUGAAGAACGUGACGGAUCACUUGAACAACGCGAGGAUGGGCAACGUCACGGACGAGGAGUACUUUACGUACUUGACGCCGGACGGGGAGUUGUACGACAAGAGUGUCAUUCCGAACUCGGACGAGCAAACGAAUACGGCGCAUCUGAAGAGGGAGAACAAGGCGUACAGCUACAAGGAACAGGUCGAGGAGCUCGCGCUGCGCCGCGAGAUCGAGGAGAAGCGCCGCAAGGAGGGCAAAUCGAAACCGCCCCAGCUGACCCCGAAGCAGAAGGAAGCGAUUGAGAAGCAGACGGAAAAGGAACGCGCCAUCAAGGCACGCCUGCGUGAACUGGCGGACAUCAUUACGACGCUGAUUUCGCAGAUCGAGGGCGCCAUCAAGGGAACCCCGCGGCAGCUGUCGCUGUUCUUCCCGACGCUGCUGCCGGCGAUUCUGCGCGUGUUUUCGUCGCCGUUGGCUGCGCCGAGUAUGGUGAAGUUGUACCUGCGGCUGAUGGACACGUGCUUCGGGGUUGAGAGUGGACUGGGCGAGAUUGGUCGGGAUGUGGCGAUCGCGACGAUUCGGUUGAGCAAGCCGCAUUGUGACUUGGAGGAGAGUUGGUGUACGGCGAACUUGGUGGAGUUGAUUAGUGACAUUUUGGUGUCGGUUUACGACGAGACGAUUGACAAGUACAACGUGCACAUUGAGGAGGACGGAUCGAAGAACUAUCUGUUGAAUGCGCCGGCGUUCAGCUAUACGUUCGAGUUUUUGAAGCGGGCGUUGGUGCUGAACGAGGCUGAGAAGGACGAGAGUAUGCUGAUCAACGGGAUUCAGAUCAUUGCGUACCACGCGCAGCUCAAGGGAGACACCGUUGACGGGCAGGACUUUGAAGAUCUGUACCAUCCGAGGUACAUGCCGCGGCUGGAGAUGAUCAAGCUGUUGCUGAGGUUGAUUCAGAACCAUCGAGGUCGUGUGCAGACGCAAGCGGUGGCCGCGUUGUUGGACGUGGCGGAGAGUAGUUCCGGAAGUGAGUACACGGCCAAGGCCGAGCAUCGGGAGAUUGAGGUUCUGCUGGUGGCGCUGCAGGAUGAGCUGGGUGCCGUCCGAGACGUGGCGCUGCGUGCAUUGGCCAUCAUGAUCAAGGUCCUGCCGUCGAUCGCGGACGACUACGAGCUGGGACUGCGACUGACCCGCCGCUUGUGGGUCGCCAAACACGACGUCUGCGAGGAGACAAAACUCCUAGCGGAGCACGUCUGGACGCAGGGCGAGUUCGAAGUACCGAUCGUGAUGGCGGACGAGCUGAUGAAGGACAUCAUCCAUCCGGAACCGUGCAUCCAAAAGGCGGCCUCGUUCGCCCUCGUGUCGAUUCUCGCCGAAGAUUCCUCCAUCAUCGACAGCAUCGUCGAGCAGCUGCUCGAAAUCUACCAGGAAAAGCUAACCAUGAUCCCGGCCAAACUCGAUCAAUUCGAUCGCGAAAUCGAACCCGCCAUCGAUCCGUGGGGCCCCCGCCGUGGAGUUGCAGUCGCCCUGAGUCAGUGUGCCUCCUUCCUAACCGCCGACCUGGUCAACACCCUCACCCAGUUCAUGGUCGCCACCGGGCUCCGCGAUCGCGAAGAAAUCGUCCACAAAGAAAUGCUCGCCGCAUCCCUGGCCAUCGUAGAACACCACGGCAAGGAGAGCGUCUCGUACCUCCUUCCAACCUUCGAAGAGUUCCUCGACAAAGCCCCGAACAACAGCGACUACGACAACAUCCGCCAAGCCGUGGUCAUCCUGAUGGGUUCCCUCGCUCGCCAUCUCGACCGUGAUGACGCCCGCAUCCAACCCAUCGUCAACCGCCUCCUAACCGCCCUCUCAACCCCAUCCCAGCAAGUCCAGGAAUCGGUCGCCAACUGCAUCCCCCACCUGAUCCCCUCCGUCAAAGAGCAAGCCCCCCAAAUGGUCAACAAACUCAUGCAACAGCUCAUCAAGUCCGAAAAGUACGGCGUUCGCCGCGGUGCCGCCUACGGAAUCGCCGGCAUCGUCAAAGGCCUCGGCAUCCUCUCGCUCAAACAGCUCGACAUCAUGACCAAACUCACCAAGCACAUCCAGGACAAGAAGAACUUCAAGUGCCGCGAGGGCGCCCUCUUCGCCUUCGAAAUGCUCUGCUCAACCCUCGGACGGCUCUUCGAACCGUACAUCGUGCACGUCCUGCCCCAUCUGCUCCAGUGCUUCGGCGAUUCGUCCUCGUACGUCCGGGAGGCCGCCGACGAGUGUGCCAAAACCGUAAUGGCCAAACUGUCAGCGCACGGAGUGAAACUGGUGCUGCCGUCGCUGUUGAACGCCCUCGAUGAGGAUUCGUGGCGGACGAAGACGGCUUCGGUGGAGCUGCUCGGAGCGAUGGCGUUCUGUGCGCCGAAGCAGCUUUCGUCCUGUCUGCCCAGCAUCGUGCCCAAGCUGAUGGAAGUGCUGGGAGAUUCGCACAUUAAGGUCCAGGAAGCGGGCGCCGACGCCCUCAAGGUCAUCGGCAGCGUCAUCAAGAACCCGGAGAUCCAAGCCAUCGUCCCGGUGCUGCUGAAAGCCCUCGAGAACCCCUCCAACAAGACGUCCCACUGCCUGCAGAGCCUGCUCGAGACCAAGUUCGUCCACUUUAUCGACGCUCCGUCGCUGGCGCUGAUCAUGCCCGUCGUGCAGCGUGCCUUCAUGGACCGCUCGACGGAGACGCGCAAGAUGGCGGCACAGAUCAUCGGCAACAUGUACUCGCUGACGGACCAGAAGGACCUGACGCCCUAUUUGCCGAACAUUAUUCCGGGGUUGAAGACGUCGCUGCUGGAUCCGGUGCCGGAGGUGCGUGCCGUUUCGUCGCGUGCGCUGGGGGCAAUGGUCAAGGGGAUGGGCGAGUCUUCGUUCGAGGAUCUGCUGCCGUGGUUGAUGCAGACGCUCACGUCGGAGAGUAGCAGCGUUGAUCGGUCGGGCGCGGCGCAGGGAUUGUCGGAGGUUGUUGGGGGCUUGGGCGUGGAGAAGUUGCACAAGCUGAUGCCGGAGAUUAUCGCGACGGCGGAGAGGACGGAUAUUGCGCCGCACGUGAAGGACGGUUACAUUAUGAUGUUCAUUUAUAUGCCGAGUGCGUUUCCGAAUGACUUUACGCCUUACAUUGGCCAGAUCAUUAAUCCGAUUUUGAAGGCGUUGGCGGAUGAGAACGAGUACGUGAGAGAUACGGCGUUGAAGGCUGGUCAGCGGAUUGUGAACUUGUAUGCCGAGUCGGCGAUUGCGCUGUUGUUGCCGGAGUUGGAGAAGGGAUUGUUUGAUGAUAACUGGAGAAUUCGGUACAGUUCGGUGCAGCUGUUGGGAGAUUUGCUGUACAAGAUUUCUGGAGUUUCGGGCAAGAUGACCACGCAGACUGCUUCGGAGGACGACAACUUUGGUACGGAGCAGAGUCACAAGGCGAUUAUUAGGAGUUUGGGAGCGGAGCGGCGUAAUCGGGUGCUCGCAGGACUGUACAUGGGUCGUAGCGACGUUUCGUUGAUGGUCCGACAGGCGGCGUUGCACGUGUGGAAGGUCGUGGUGACGAAUACGCCGCGUACGUUGCGAGAGAUUCUGCCGACGUUGUUCAGCUUGUUGCUGGGAUGUUUGGCGAGUACGAGCUACGAUAAGCGACAGGUUGCGGCGCGAACGCUCGGAGAUUUGGUGCGAAAGCUCGGCGAACGAGUCCUGCCGGAGAUCAUUCCCAUUCUGGAGCGUGGCUUGAACUCGGACCAGGCCGAUCAACGGCAGGGAGUUUGUAUUGGACUGUCGGAGAUCAUGGCUUCGACGUCCCGCGACAUGGUGCUGACCUUCGUGAAUAGUUUGGUGCCCACGGUCCGGAAGGCUCUGGCCGAUCCUCUUCCGGAGGUUCGUCAAGCUGCCGCGAAGACGUUCGAUUCGCUGCACACUACUGUCGGAUCGCGUGCCCUGGACGACAUCCUUCCGUCAAUGUUGGAAAGCCUCUCCGAUCCGGAUCCGGACGUGGCCGAAUGGACGCUGGACGGUCUCCGCCAAGUUAUGGCCAUCAAAUCUCGCGUCGUCCUUCCGUAUCUUAUCCCACAACUCACCGCGAACCCGGUCAACACGAAGGCCCUCUCGAUCCUGGCGUCCGUCGCCGGAGAAGCCCUCACCAAGUACCUUCCCAAGAUUUUGCCGGCCCUGAUGACCGCCCUGGCCACUGCCCAAGGAACCCCCGAAGAAGCCCAAGAGUUGGAAUACUGCCAGGCCGUCAUCCUAUCAGUCAGCGACGAAGUCGGCGUCCGCACCAUCAUGGACACCGUCAUGGAGUCGACGAAAUCAACCAACCCGGAAACCCGUAAGGCCGCCGCAACCCUUCUCUGCGCUUUCUGCACCCACUCCCCAGGCGACUACUCGCAGUACGUGCCACAACUUCUCCGUGGUCUGCUCCGUCUGCUGGCAGACUCCGAUCGUGACGUUCUGCAGCGCUCCUGGGAUGCUCUCAACGCCGUCAUAAAGACCCUGGACUCGGCUCAGCAAAUCGCCCACGUCACUGACGUCCGCCAAGCGGUCAAAUUCGCCAGUAGCGACCUCAAGGGCGCCGAACUGCCCGGAUUCUGCCUACCCAAGGGCAUCACCCCGCUACUGCCAGUGUUCCGUGAAGCAAUCCUGAACGGUCUGCCCGAAGAGAAGGAAAACGCCGCCCAGGGCUUGGGCGAAGUCAUUCAGCUGACGUCCCCAGCUUCGCUGCAACCCUCGGUCGUGCACAUCACCGGUCCCCUCAUCCGUAUCCUCGGCGAUCGGUUCAACGCCGGAGUCAAGGCCGCAGUUCUGGAAACGCUCGCCAUCCUGCUGCACAAGGUCGGAAUCAUGCUGAAGCAGUUCUUGCCCCAGCUGCAGACGACAUUCCUGAAGGCGCUGCACGACCCCAACAGGAUCGUCCGCAUCAAGGCCGGCCACGCCCUUGCCGAACUGAUUGUGAUCCACACCCGUCCGGACCCGCUGUUUGUGGAGAUGCACAACGGUAUCAAAAACGUGGACGACUCUACCGUGCGGGAAACCAUGCUUCAAGCGUUGCGUGGCAUCAUCACACCAGCCGGGGACAAAAUGACCGACCCGUUGAAGAAGCAGAUCUACGCGACGCUUUCCGGGAUGCUGGGCCACUCGGAGGACAUUACACGAACAGCUGCCGCUGGUUGCUUUGGUGCCCUCUGCCGAUGGCUCAACCCAGAUCAGCUCGACGAUGCCCUGAACACGCACCUGCUCAACGAAGACUACGGCGAAGACGCGGCCCUCCGACAUGGACGUACGGCGGCACUCUUCGUCGCACUCAAAGAAUUCCCCGCGGCCAUCUUCAUCGACAAGUACGAAACUAAAGUGUGCAAAACCAUCGUCUCAUCGCUCGCAUCCGACAAGAUCCCCGUAGCCCUGAACGGCGUACGAUCAGCCGGCUACCUGCUCCAGCAUGGCAUGAGCACCGAAGGCGCCAAACUCCCCCAACCCAUCAUCGGCCCGUUCGUCAAGUCCAUGAACCACGUCAGCAACGAAGUCAAACAACUGCUCGCCAAGACCUGCAUCUACCUGGCGAAAACCGUCCCCGCCGAUACCACAGCCCCGGAAUAUCUUCGCCUCGUCAUCCCCAUGCUCGUCAACGGCACCAAGGAAAAGAACGGCUAUGUCAAGUCCAACUCCGAGAUCGCCCUCGUCUACGUGCUGCGGUUACGCGAAGGCGACGAAAUGCACCAAAAGUGCAUCGCCCUGCUCGAGCCCGGUGCCCGUGACUCCCUCGCCGAAGUCGUCAGCAAGGUCCUGCGCAAGGUCGUCCUGCAGCCCGUCGGCAAAGAAGAAGAGCUAGACGAUACGAUUCUCACGUGAUUGGUGCGGCCUCCGCCGGCGAAACGUAGAAGGAAACAACCAGAACAGCAACAGUAUAACCGACGACAAACUCUGUGGAUCGGCACGCUCACGGUCAGGCUUGGCGGCCUGCUAGCCGUUUUCAAGUGGCACAACAACCACCAACACCACAACCCCCCUUGGAAUGCAAAUAAAGAUCGAUAUUGUAACAACCAGCCGCUGAUUUCGGCGAACGCAAAAAGAAAAUCUUGAUUAGUCCUAGUAGUCGUCGUCACCGUCGUCAAUCAUCCCAAACGUAUCGUGGCAGAAACUGUCAACAGUCCCAAAUGCAAUGUAAGACUUAACUUUUUACAGGUGGUAUUCGUGUUUAUUUCGGUGAAUAAAGUAUUCUCUCUAGUCUCUGUAGUCGUAGUCGUCGCUGUGAUCCAAUGUGUGAACGAUAAAAAAAAACAAACGAA